AUGUCCCCUCCCACCAUCCCCCUCCUCCAAAACCACCCGUACACCCUCCCCAUCGGCCUCGGCUUCGGCAGCCUAAGCGGCUUCUACGGCCCCCCGGGUCCGCUGGAAACGCGGCUCGCCCUCCUCGACCACGCGCACGCCAAUGGCCUCCGAUUCUGGGACCUGGCGGACGUCUACGGCGACAGCGAAGACCUGGUAGGCGAGUGGUUUCGCACCCGACCCGGAAAACGGGCGGAUAUCUUCCUCGCGACCAAGUUCUCGUUGCAGCGGCAGGCGGAUGGGAGACAUACCUUCCGGUCUGAUCCCGAGUACGUGAAGAUAGCGUGUGAGAGGAGUCUGGAGAGACUGGGGGUUGAGUAUAUUGAUCUUUAUUACUGUCACCGUGUGGAUGGGGUUACGCCCAUUGAGAGGACGGUAGAGGCGAUGGGGGAGUUGAGGAGCGCCGGCAAAAUCAACCACCUCGGCCUCUCCGAAGUCUCCGCCUCAACUCUCCGUCGCGCGCACGCCACGCACCAUAUCUCUGCCCUACAGAUGGAAUACAGUCUCUUCACGACAGACAUCGACAGCCCUGGUUCCUCAAUCCACGAAACCUGCCGCGCCCUCAACAUCCCCAUCAUCGCAUUUAGCCCGCUAGGCCGGGGCGUUCUCUCCGGCCAAUUCACCUCGCACACUGACAUUCCCCAGGGCGAUCUGCGGCGCGGAUUGCCAAAGUACGCCGAGGAGAACUUCCCGCAGAUUCGGGCGUUGGUGAAGGGGUUGGACGAUGUUGCGGAGGCGCAUUCUUUACCUGGGCCUGGUGGGGAAAGGAGGAAGGUUACGGCGGCGCAGGUGGCGUUGGCCUGGUUGUUGGCGAAGGGGCAGGAAGGAGAGGGAGCGGGGGUGAUUCCUAUCCCCGGGACGAAGUCGGUGGAGAGAAUGGAUGAGAAUGCGGGAGCGGUGGGGGUGGAGUUGAGUGAGGCGGAGGUGAGGAUGUUGGGGGAGUUGAGGGGGGACUUGGAUAUCAAGGGGACAAGGUAUUCGGCUGCGGUGAUGGCUACGCUUUUGUCGGAUACGCCGGAGUUGGAGUGA